AUGGCAUCGUCAACUAUUCUACCUCUACUUUUCUUCUCGAUACUUCUUUUGAUCAUCAAAAGAUCGGAACAAUGUGGAACAAGUUCGACAGAUGCUGAAUAUGUUAAUAAUCCUGUUUUCAAUAUGGAUAUCAGCCCGCCAAUUGGAUGGACAUAUUUCCCGUCAACAGUGAGUUAUUCUGAAAAUCCACGUUAAUUGCCACGUGGCUUUUCGAGUAAAACAUGCAAAUUUAUUUUUUAAAAUUUUGAUGUAGUUCAAUUCCAAUUUCUGAGUCCAAAAAUUCGAACAUUAUCCACACAUUUUCAGCCAUCUGUAACCAGUCAAGCAAUUUGGUAUUUCGUGGGUCAAUCAAACACAACUACAGACGCCAAAACAAUGGCUGAUGCUCAAGUGACAGCAGCAAUGCUCGAAGCUAUUGCAGCUGCAAAUCUUCCCGUUUCAUCAGUCACAAUCACCGAUGAUUGGCAACCAAUUCAAGUCGAAAAUCCUCAAACAACCACACCAACUGGAUCACUUUACGGAAAAGUUGAGGGUGGAGCUUUGGUGCAAACUGCUCCUGGAGUCGCCACUGGUUCAACUUUGACAUAUACUGCUUAUACAAAAGCAUUACGGGUUACUGUAAAUGGAUUGGGUUCGACUAGAUUUUAUUGGAAUAUUGUGCAGAGUACAUUUUUGCAAAAAAUGACUAUGAAUUAUCAUGCGCAAUUUACUGGAACUGUUACAAUUACUAAUGUUUGA